GUUGUUUCGUAGAAUGUUGAGUGAGUUGAGGUUGUACUUGUAAACUUUCUUUUUAGGUAUCUCUUUGAAGUUUGAUCGCUCACGCCAUUCACACGUCAUGUACUGUUGAAUAGAAGAAAAGACAAAUAUUUUAGGCUGACAAAAAUGCAAUGCCUUCUUUAUUUUAUAAUUUUUAAUAAUUACUAAGGUGAUAUUUAUUUAUUGUUUUGUAGUUGAGCACUUAUUUAUUUAUUUUUAAACAUUGUUUCUCGUGUGCCGUGUUGGAUAAUCGCUCUACUCUUGAAAUUUAAAAUAGUGUUACGAAUAUAUCUAUUCUAACUGGAUUUAAAGUGAAGUGGCACCAUGGACGAAAGUAACAUAACUCCAAACACGUCGAAUCAGCAGUUGGUGUUGAAUGGUGAUAAUGAGUCUGCUACUGCUCUGCUUGAGAAGCAGUCUAGAAGAAGAGAUAAUUUGAGGGAUGUUACAUUCCUUGAAUACAUGACUGUGGGAAUUCUGUGUUUCGUUAAUCUUAUCAAUUAUAUGGACAGAUUUACACUAGCAGGAGUGCUAGGAGACGUUAAAAAUGAAUUUGCAAUCGGCGACGACAUGGCAGGCCUCCUGCAGACAGUUUUCGUGGUGGCGUACAUGGUGUUCGCACCGAUCUUCGGAUACCUCGGAGACAGGCAUUCCAGACGCGCCAUCAUGGCAUUCGGUGUAGCGCUCUGGAGCAUCACAACAUUCCUUGGAUCAUUCAUUAAGCAUUUCGCAUGGUUCGCGGUGUUCCGCGGGCUAGUGGGUGUCGGCGAGGCGUCCUAUUCGACCAUCGCCCCCACCAUCAUCAGCGACUUGUUCGUGGGGAACGUGCGCACCAAGAUGUUGGCGCUUUUUUACUUCGCCAUACCCGUUGGAAGUGGAAUGGGUUACAUAGUUGGGUCGCUUGCUGGUGCGGCGGCCGGCAAUUGGCGCUGGGGUCUCCGGGUGACCCCGUUCCUGGGGUCAGUGGCCGUGGCUCUCAUAUUGUGGGUAAUGGAGGACCCUGAGCGCGGGCAGGCUGAGGAGAGCCAGAUCAAGCCCACUUCGUACGGAGAUGACUUGCGAUCUUUAGUUAGAAAUCGUUCGUUCAUGAUGUCUACCCUGGCGUUUACGUGCGUGGCGUUCGUGACCGGCGCGCUGGCGUGGUGGGGCCCGCAGUACAUCUUCCUCGGCCUGACGCUGCAGCCCGACGUCGAUAUCACUAUCGAGAGGUUGUCGCUAAUGUUCGGCGUGGUGACGAUGGUGGCGGGGCUGCUGGGCGUGCCGCUGGGCGCGUGGCUGGGCACGGCGCUCGUCAAGCGGUUCCCGCGCGCGCACCCCGUCAUCUGCGGCGCCGGCCUGCUCGUCUCGGCUCCAGCGCUCACGCUCGCCUUGCUCCUUUGCGAAGGCUACUUCUAUCUACCGUUCGUCCUAGUCUUCAUUGGCCAACUCUCUCUGAAUCUCAACUGGGCAAUAGUGGCCGAUAUGUCGAUGUAUGUUGUGAUACCGCCUCGGCGAUCUACUGCGGAAGCAUUCCAGAUUUUAAUAUCGCACAUGUUCGGUGACGCUGGUAGCCCAUAUUUGGUUGGGGUGAUAUCCGAAAGCCUUAAGAGAUCGUUGUCGACAAAUCCUUCGGAGCAGCCGUCCCAAUUCGUGCAGUUCCGCUCCCUGCAGUACGCACUGUUCGUUACGUGCUUCGUUGAGGUCAUCGGCGGUGUAUUCUUCCUCCUCACAGCUAUGUACAUCGUCAAAGACAAACAGAAAGUGGAUAGAGCUAUUGCCGUUUCAUCAAAAAUUAUGUAAAGUAGAGGCCGACGGACAAAGCAGAGAACCAACGCACAGAGCAGCCCAUGAAGCGCCUGCAAGUGAAGAUUAACUCUCCACGUGGUCUACGAGAGGACCGCAUCUACCUUCACAAAGAGAGUCCACAGUCAAAUCAAAUUACGUUUUUAGAUACGCUCUUUGAAUAUUCUCUAAAUGCCAUUUUGUCACGGUAAAAUAUUCGUCAAGAAAGAUACCUGUGUCUGCAUAUUUAAUGUUACAUCUUAAAUAGAGCUGCUGCGCUUAUGCAUUUUGAAGUAAUUUAAUGUAAUUUGAUUGUGACGCAAAGUAGAAAGACUGAUACUUAAUGCAUAGCUAGGGUACGAAAGGAGAACGGGUUAUGAGAGCGAAUCAUUGCAUAGCUUAAACUAUUGUAUGUUUGGAUUAGGAAUUAGACAUCACAGUACAUAUUGGUACGAAUUUCAAAUUAUCAUGUGCCUAAAUAAUUGAUAGCUGAAAAAGUAUUAACUUUCAUUAAAAUUCUAGGCAUUGAGUAGUCUUCGAUUUGGUGAAUAUUUUGUUUAACUUUUAUAUUAUUUCAAUUAUGAUAAUAGCAGAAAAUUAAAGAUAUUUGAUGGAAAUUAAAUAAGUACCGAAUGAUAUUCAAGCAGUUUAACAAAUACGCGUAUUGUUGCAAAUAAAAAGUUCCUAUAAAUUAUUUUAAAGCAAACAACUAAUUUUAUGCUUAAACAUUAAUAAAAAAUAAAUGUUUAUCCUCAUAUGUUUGGCAACUUAGUAUGUUAGUAAUUAAAAUUCGACUGUUUAGUUCACUAAGAUACUUGUUUAAUGUUUUAUUUCGAUUUGGUAUUGAUUAAAAUUUCGAUUAUAUAAUUACUACUAAUACCACAUAAGUUAAACUGUAUUGAAUAUGCAAGACUGAACUGAUUCAAUGAUUAAAUAAAUAGCUCCCUAAUAGAAUAAUUGUUUUUGUAAAUACCAUGUAUAGAUUAUAUGAAGGAAUUGAAAGGAAAAUAUAAUUUAUUUUUAACAA